AAGACAUUAUCAUUGAAUAGAGUGUUGAGUACGACAUCUGUCGUCAGUUUGUAUGCAUUGAGUGAAUCAGCAUUUCUGUGACACUUAAGAAAAGACAUCAAUUUAUUGAUUCAUUUAUUUGUUUUCACUUAUUUAUAUCGGCUUUUAUACGGCAGACACAUGUCCUCAUCAUCGGUGGCUACGAGACGUAUGGAUGUCGGCGAAUAUCUGCGACAACAACAGCAGUUGGCGGCCAAUACGGGUCUGAUUGAGUGGUGGACAACGUUUGAAGAGUUGUAUACCAAACGAUUGUGGCAUCAAUUGACUCAAAAGGUGUACGAAUUUGUCCGUACGGUUCCUCACCCGAACCUAUUGGACUUUUACGAGAAUUUUAUCGCCGACUUUGAGACCAAAAUCAAUGGCCUGACGCUCAUCGAGACCUGCGUUUAUAUUGUCAACCAAUUGCCGUCACACGAGUCGCGUGUCGUCUUUCUUAACAAACUGAGCGAAAAAGUUAAGGCCAACAGAGAGGCCGCUAUCCUCUGUAAUAUACUAUUGGGACAAUCGAUGCUCGAAGCGAAAGACCUGAAGGGUAUCAAAGAUUUACUCGAAACGACUAACGAAUUAAUUGAAGCCGAGACCGGUGUGACUGCCGUUCAUUCGCGAUACUAUCGAUUGUCGAGUGAAUACCAUAAGUUGGUCGGCAAUCACUGCGAGUACUAUAGAGAUGCGCUCCGAUACUUGGGUUGUCAGACCAGUACAGACGUUGAAGACGCCGACACUCAGGCACAGCGAGCCUUCACUCUAGCAUUAGCUGCUAUUUUAGGCGAUAAUAUCUACAACUUCGGUGAACUUCUUCAGCAUCCGAUUGUUAACACAUUAAGACCAGAACAUAGAUAUAUGAAAGACUUAUUGUUAGCCUUUAAUAGCGGAGAUUUGACUAAAUAUGAAGCUCUGCGAACUCAAUGGUUACAACAACCAGACUUAGCCCAACACGAGCUUCAAAUGAGACAAAAGAUAUGUUUAUUAUCUUUGAUGGAAAUGACAUUUAAUAGCACUAACGGUAUUAUCAAGUUUGAUGAGAUCGCCAAACAAACUCGUAUACCGAUCAACGAAAUUGAGUUAUUAGUAAUGAAAGCGCUAUCACUUGGACUGGUCAGAGGUAGUAUAGAUGAAGUCGAGAAAACUGUCCACUUGUCAUGGGUUCAGCCCCGAGUGCUCGACAAAAAACAAAUCGAAAAUAUGAAGAAAAAACUCGACAUUUGGUUCAAAGAUAUCGAUAACAUCGAGAAGUUACUCGAAAAGAGAGCACAAGAGAUCAUCAAUUAAUUUGUCGCAGUUUUUGAUGUUAUGAUCACACGAUAUAUACUCUACAGUAUAUGUGACAAACAUUGGACUUAUUUUUAGUUUAUAUAACACUAUUUAAAUAAUUACCAAAACUUAUUCUCACUAAUAAUAAUAAUAUUUAAUAAAAUUUUGUAAAAAAAAUAUUUUUGAUUAUUUG